GCCAACCAGGACGCCCAGGCAGCCCUGGAACUCCCGGCGGGCCUGGAGGACCUGGAGGACCAGGUGGCCCCGGCGGACCCACAGGACCUUAUCCAGGACAACCAUCAGGACCGGGUGGUCAGUACCCAGGACAACCAGGACAACCCGGUCGUCCAGGCCUUCCUGGAUCGCCAGGCACCCCAGGAGGCCCAGGUGGACCUGGCGGACCAGGAGGUCCUGGAGGCCCAGGUGGGCCGACAGGCCCUGGAUCCUACCCAGGACAACCAACGGGACCAGGAGGUCCAGGUCAAUACCCAGGUCAACCAG